AAAAAAUUGAUAUUUUAUGGGAACAUCCAUGAAGACGAUUGUAGAGUACUGGAAAUGAAGCACCGAGAAGCAUCUAGAGUUCAUCUCUUUCUCAUCCCACAAAGACUUCAUCUCACCUCCCUCUUGCUUUCCGAGAGCACCCAUGAAGACGGCCUCUCGCUUUCCGCCGCCUUUCUCUUAUAUCUUCCUUUUUUCUCUUACCCUCUUCGAUAUGCUUCCUCAGUGUUCUCCACCUUCCCAAUCACAAAGGCAUCGGCAAAGCGCACACUCUCUCAUGGAGUUUGUUGGAGUUAAUCUUGUUGUUUAUAAUUUUAUUAUGUUUAAUUUAGUUUAUUCUGAGUCAUUGAUGCAUUUUAGACUAGAGUGUUAGUGCACGGCGGGAUGAGUCAUGCCAAGUAGUGUGCGUCGCGUGACACCGUGCAUGUGUUGUAACGGUACUAAUGUGCGUAUGUGCCGUUGCAUUAGUGUUAGUCUAAUUUGGGUCAAUUAGUUAAGUUGCACAUUAGGUAAUUUGCAUUGGUACGUAUUAUUUAAGUCAUUUAGAUUAAUGUUAAUUAGUUGCAUGCACAUAUCAUGUACGUACUACUACGUAGUGGGUGAGUGGCAUGAUGGGUUGUAACCACAUACAUGUACGUGGAUUGUUGUGUUUAUAAAUGAAAAUCGGUGGUGAGCUACAUAGUAUGAGCCACACAAAAAAAAAACAGAAAACCCAUGCUUUAUUAUUCUUUAUGCACGUACACAUGCUUUGUGCUUAAGAUCAAAAUACUCAGCCUAUUCUUCUUUCCCCGGUGAUCAAUCCCAACAUUUGGUAUCAGAGCCAUGGUCGGUGAAGGUUCGCGCACUCCGUCACGCUCGCCGGUACGACGUGGGCGGAGUCCGACGCGGCGAGGCGGCCGCGAGGUGGUUGUACAGCAGCGUGUCGUCCACCAGGCCAGCAGCACCGUUGUCUACCCGACGUUGACGGCGACGAACUAUUUCGAGUGGGCGCUCAUCAUGAAGGUGAACAUGGAGGCCCAAGGCGUGUGGGACGCUGUCGAGGGUGGCGGGAGCUUUAGCGAGGAUAGGGUGGCGCUAGCGGCAAUUUUGCGAGCCGUGCCACCGGAGAUGCUCUCCACGCUUGCCGUGAAGGCGACGGCAAAGGAGGCAUGGGACGCCAUCAAGACCAUGCGUGUGGGCGAUGAGCGUGUCCGUGAGGCCAAGGCACAAACUCUACUCAAGGAAUUUGAUUCCGUUCGCAUGCGGAGCGGUGAGACGAUCGACGACCUCACCAUGCGCAUGAACGGACUCGCCAACAAGAUUCGCACCCUCGGUGAGACCUUCGAGGAGGUGAAGGUCGUGAAGAAACUUCUUCGGAUCGUGCCGUCCAAGUACACCCAGGUAGCUAUUGCAAUUGAACAGCUUCUUGAUCUUAAAACCAUGUCCAUGGAGGAGCUUGUGGGAAGACUCAAAACGGUGGAGGAUAGGAGCGAUGCGGACGACGGCGUCGACAACAAUGACCAUGGCGGUGGAGGUCAAUUGCUACUCACAGAGGAGGAGUGGCGUUCUCGCUACCGCGGCGGCACCAGCAAGAAGAAGAGUACAUUCGACAUCCGUAAGGUACGAUGCUACAACUGUCAGGAGUAUGGGCAUUUCUCCAAGGAUUGCACGGCACCAAGGAAGGAGCAGGCACAUCUCGCCUUCGCGACCGCCGACUACGAGCCGGCACUGCUGUGAUGGUCCACGAGGAGUUCUAAAUAAAUGACAACAAGAUUAAGGGGGUGAUUGUUGGAGUUAAUCUUGUUGUUUAUAAUUUUAUUAUGUUUAAUUUAGUUUAUUCUGAGUCAUUGAUGCAUUUUAGACUAGAGUGUUAGUGCACGGCGGGAUGAGUCAUGCCAAGUAGUGUGCGUCGCGUGACACCGUGCAUGUGUUGUAACGGUACUAAUGUGCGUAUGUGCCGUUGCAUUAGUGUUAGUCUAAUUUGGGUCAAUUAGUUAAGUUGCACAUUAGGUAAUUUGCAUUGGUACGUAUUAUUUAAGUCAUUUAGAUUAAUGUUAAUUAGUUGCAUGCACAUAUCAUGUACGUACUACUACGUAGUGGGUGAG